CAAAUGUCAUUGUCAAAUUAAAAUAAACAUGGAGUCAGACUCUUUGCAAGUGCUACCUGUGGAUCAGUGGCACAAACUGAAGGAUGUGUUGAGGAGGCGGUGGCCGCAGCACGUUUCGGGGUACACGGCACUGGACACGAUGGAGGUGAUCGUCCAACGCGGCUGCGACUACGCCUUCACCGUCUACUGCCCCUUCGGUGAUGUCGGGAACGGAAUGGUCGCUGUUAAUAAUAAAGAAGGAUUAAUCGAAUACAUUAUACAGUGCCCUAAGGACAAGACUGAUGUAUUAGAAAAAGCAAUGAGAACCACAAAUAUUCUGAAUCAUCCAAAAUUUGAAGUGCCCUUUGUAUCUGAGCAUGUUAUGGACGUCGUCGGCAGAAUUAUCAAAGAGGAAUGGAACGCUAAAGUGGACUACGUAUGCACGACUGAAACCUAUCUACUCAACAGAAGUACACCGUUUGAUGUUGAACUACCCCCAGACUUCGUCUUCAAGCACAUGACUUUAGACUACAUAGAGCUAGUGGACUCAGUCUGGCCUCACAGAUACGACAAAUCCAAGUGGUAUUUUGAGCUGCUCACCAAAGCCAAGCUAGGAUAUGGCCUGUUCCACAAGGACGAACUUCUGGCCUGGGUUUACAUCAAAGAGAUGGGAGCACUUGGCCACCUUUACACUCUAGAAAAGCACAGAAGAAAAGGAUACGCUGAAUUGAUAGUGAAGUUGAUAGCCAAUAUACUGAUGGAACAGGGUAAGACGACGUUUGCCUUCUGUGUUGUCGGCAAUACCACUGCGAAAAACAUGUACAUAAAACUUGGUUUCGAUAGUGUAGAAGAUGUGACCUGGAAUGGAUUUACGAGAUGAGCUAAUAAAUAAUUGUUUAGGUAUAAUGAUAGCUG